GUGUGGAGUAAUCGUAAACACAAAAAAACAAGCCGAUUAUUACAAAAUACAUUGGAAGUAAAACAAUUUCAGAAAAUUAUUAUAGAAAUAAAAAAAAAUUAUAAAAUAAGAACAUUUAUUAACUUAUAUUAAAAAAACAAUGAGUAAAGUUUUAGAAAAUACUACUGAUUUCUCCGGAUUGCAUGCUGCAUUUACGGACGCUUUAAAGAAGGCUUUUGAAGACGAUGAUGUUAAGAUUUUAAGAAAAUCAUAUGAUAGUUUCUCGUACAACUCUGAUCACGAUAAGAAGCCACCUAUGGACCAAGCUUUUAGAGAACUAUUGAUAUUCAAAAUGAGCAAUGACGUUCAGUUGAUUGGGAAAUUGGUUAAGCUUUCUGUAGCCGCUGUAAGGGCGGAAAUUGUGUCUGUAACUAUACCGGUAGUGUUAUUGGGUGACAUUUUUGAAACAGUCACGUUGGACAAGUGUGAGAAAAUCUUUAAUUACGUUGAAGAGAUGGUGGAGGUGUGGAAGGAGGAAAUAUUUUUCUCCUCUUGUAAGAACAAUAUAUUGCGAAUGUGCAAUGAUCUUUUGAGACGUCUUAGUCGUGCUCAGAACACGGUCUUCUGUGGGCGAAUUUUAUUAUUUUUGUCGAAAUUCUUUCCAUUUUCCGAAAGAUCUGGUCUGAAUAUUGUUUCGGAAUUCAAUUUGGAAAAUGUAACAGAUUAUGGUGUAGAUGGAAAAGAUUUAGACGACACAUUGGAGGACAUUGAGGAUAUUCCCAUCAAAAUAGAUUACAAUUUAUAUUGUAAAUUUUGGUCUCUUCAAGAUUUUUUCCGUAAUCCAAACCAGUGCUACAGCAAAGCGUCUUGGAAAAUGUUUCAAACUCAUGCUACCACAGUCCUGGAAUCUUUUUCCAGCUUUAAACUUGAAGAUACUCGGUCCAAUUCCUCGCAAGAAGAUAGCGGCGAUGAUAGUGAGAAAAUAGAUUUGGAUGAUAUAUACAGUAAUGAUUUCAAAACCGGUAUCGUCGAAGUUGUCCAAAAGGUCGACAAUUUCUUUGCUAAAUUUUUAACAAAUCCAAAACUAUUGGCUUUACAACUUUCUGAUGCCAAUUUUCGACGUGCAGUUUUAGUACAGUUUCUAAUUCUAUUUCAGUAUUUGCAGCUUACAGUAAAAUUUAAAUCAGAAUCGAAUACUUUAACUCCUGCCCAAACGGAAUUUAUCAAAGAAACGGAAACCAAAGUGUAUCAGCUGUUAGAGGAAACACCUCCCAAUGGUAAACGUUUUGCACGCACUGUUAAACAUAUGUUGACUCGUGAGGAGAUGUGGAACAAUUGGAAAAAUGAAGGCUGUAAAGAAUUUAAAAAACCAGAAGACUCAUUAAUGGAAGACAGCCCACCUCCGGCUAAAAAAGAACGUAAAACUUUGGGCGAUUGCUUGAAAGAGGCCAACGGACAAUCAAAGUUUUUCCUGGGCAAUGAGGUCUUAACGCGUCUGUGGAACUAUUCACCUGAUAAUUUGCAAGCAUGUAAAAGUGAGGAACGAAACUUUCUUCCUCAAGUUGAAACAUAUUUAGAGAGUUCACGAGAUAAAAAUGACACAUCUUUCGAAUGGCGUGCACUACGCUUGCUUGCACGACAGUCCCCGCACUUCUUCACAUUCAUCAAUUCGCCAUCCUAUAAAAUUUCUGACUACUUAGAAGCAGUCCGUAAACGUCUGACUAAGGAAAGAUUAGAUGCUGCCAAACAAGCUGCAGCUAAUGCUAAUGGGUCGAACCCAGAGAGUACGCCAACUUUGUCGGAAUCACAUGAACAAGAAACCGUUGCCUUACAGGAACAAGAAAAUGAUCACGAUGGUAACGAUGAAGGCGUUCUGGGAGAGGAGGAAGAAACAAAUGAUCUGGACAAGCCAGAAGAGGACAACAACGGACAUUCCAAUUUAGUUACAGCAUCGAAAGAACAAAUAGAGGAAUUAGCACCAUUAAUUGGUGACGAUUGGAAAAAAUUGGGCAAGAAAUUGGGUUAUACAGCUGACGAACUCUUAUAUUUCGAAACAGAACACACUGAACGAGAUGGCGGCUGUGUAGCAAUGCUUGUUAAUUGGUUUGCUGAUGAUGACGAUGCAAGUCUAGAUAAUUUAGCAUACACCAUGGAGGGUCUCGAAAUAAAUACUGCUGCCAAAGCUGUAAAAGCACUAAUUGAACGUUUAUCUAGUAAGGUACCUUCUAUUAAAGAUGACGGAGAUGAUAUGGACAUAAAAAUGGAAACAACAGAUUAAUUAAUAAUAUUUAAUUUCAUUUAUUCAAAUUAA